AUGAUCUUACACCAUAAAUCCGCACAGGUGAAGAGGGUAUCUGUGGGAGAGGAUGAUACUGGGGUUGAGCUUCUAUCCCGUCCUCAACGGUCGGCUAGCUUGAAGUACAACAAUACCACAAGCAAAGACCAGAAUGAGCCUCAGAUAUUACGAAAGUGGAAAUGGGGCAGUAUCACAGUCGAUAUUCUGUGUAUCUUGCUUGUUGUUCCCUUCUUGUUUCUGGUUAUCUUCUGUGCAGCAAAGAAUAACAAGACGGUGGACGAACCUGAACUAAAUCGAAUGAACCAAGGACUAUGGGCAUCUGCUACCGCAUUUACACUUGUUUUUAGCGCUGUGGGCAGCAGGAUGACCAAGCGGAUAGCAGAGUGGAGGCUCGAGAGAGGAAGCCUGUUAUACACGCUUGAAACCCUGAAUGGGAGCUCUACAUUUAUCAACACAAUAAUUACUCAGCUAAGACUCCGAAAUUUCGGGAUUUUAUCCUUCUUGAUGGCAAUCCUUUGGUCAGUUUCACCAGUUGGGAGCCAGUCUCCCUUGCAUGUUCUUUUCACAGCCCAGACCGUCAGGACAUCUCACCAGAAUGUUGGGUACCGGCCGAUCAAUACUUCUUCUGUCGUUGAUGGGUCAGCCGAUUUGGAUUAUUAUUCGCCGUACAUGGAUGCGCUCUACACAACAAGUAUUAUCGCUGCUGGGAAAUUUAGAUAUUCCUCGAUGGACCCGUGGGUCAACUUGAAAAUCCCAAGCUUUGAGGCUCUGUCAUCCGCUCCGAACUCAACAGGCUGGGUCUCUGUGCCUCAGGCUGAUCAAAAUAUCACAUAUUCCGCGCUAACAGGAGUACCACUAAGCGGGCUUAAUGAGACUGGGAAUGUCACGGCAAUAAUUGAGUCAACCUACUUCUCACUCAGUCUUGUCAACACCACGGGAACUCUAGAGCUGUCGGGAAAGGGCGUGGUCGCAAAUUUGACCUAUCAUGAGAACUUCGUACCAUGGAAUGAGUCUUCUCCGGGAACUAAUGAGACAUUUUAUGUCAUUUUCAGCCCAGUGAACCAAAGCUUUGAAGCGACAUUCCAAUGGACUCAGGAAUACUUCCACUCAGAAGUUGAGUGUAUUGUGACCGGAGAUCAGGUCAGCGAUCGUGAUUGCAGUGUUAAGGCAAUAAAAACUAGCAGAUCAAGCACACCCCCAGAGUUUAACUGGAUUACCAUUGGUAAUAUCGGAUUGCAAUGGAACUCCCUUCUUUCAGGACAGAACUUUUCGCUCUCUGAAGCAUACCUCAGAUACCCUUAA